GAGAGAGAGAGAGAGAGAGAAAACUUCAGUUUUCGUGCUCAACUCUUUGCGUUUGUGUGUGUGUGUGUGUGUGUGUGUGUGUGUGUGUGUGUGUCCAUUUUGCAGUGUUAAAUUUAGACGUAAUCCUAUAAUUUAUCCCUCUAGUACUCUCUCUCUCUCUCUCUCUCUCUCUCUCUCUCUCUCUCUCUCUCUCUCUCUCUCUCUCUCUCUCUCUCUCUCUCUCUCUCUCUCUCUCCAUCACACUCACAAUGAGAAAUCGUCGUGUGCUACUCAUGCUGGUAACUCUCCUCUGGCUUUCCCGCGCCACCAUAUCGACGAGCUGGGAACGGGGCCUUAUACUGAAAGACGCGGGGCCAGUUUCGUCUCUAUCUAUGCCCUGCACCCCCACACCCUGUAGAAUUCAUGUCCCCAAUUGGAUGAAGGAAAAAGAGGUGCUGGUGGACGAUGAAGAAGAGGACGAGUUUGAGGAAGAGGAAUUGAACGAGACAUGGAAGGAAUUCGCCCCUUGGAAGACUUUUAAAGAAGAUUUUCAGCUUGAAGGAAAAGAAGGAAAGGCAAAGGGGGGAAAGGAGGAGGAAGUGAAGAAAAAGGAGGAAGGGGAGGAAGGGAAAGAGAUGGUGGAGGUCAUGAAAAAUAAAGUCAAGAGGACUGGAAAGGACGACAUUGAAUUGAAGCAUUAUAAGACAAAAAUAAAGAAAAAGAAGGCAUUUCAAGAAGGGAAAGAAAAAGAGGAAGAGGAAGAAGAAGAAGAAGAUAACGUCGAGCUAAUUUUCCACCAUUAUGAAGACUAUUUGCAGGAUUUUGCUGCAGAAGAGGAGGAGGAGGAAAAGGAGGUGGAGAGGGUAGGAGAAGAGAGCACCGGCCCCAGCUCUUCCCUCUCCCCUGCACACUUCCUUCCUAAGUUCCUUCCCCUAAUUUUAAGUGAAAAAGAUUUAAAGAAAACCGGAUCACCUCUCUGUAGAAGCAAGGAAAGAUACCUUCCACCUGAUUUAUUCCGCCUGGACACCUGCGCUCUCUGCUAUCACCACUUAGUCAACAAAGACGUCUUCGCGAGCAAGUGGCGGAUACAAAAGGUUGCGAGAAAAGCGGCUCUGUGGAGAAAGGAUAAUGGAAGCAUGGAAGGAGGAGGAGGACCGCCGGAGGGAAAAGAAAGACGGGCUGAAGAGUUUUUCACCUUCCUCCUCCAUGUUUUGGUCAAUCCUCAUAAUGAAAAUGUGACUUUGGAGGCGCAGGUAUCCUCGAGUGCCUUGCUGGAGUCCUUCAGGGGCGAGGAGGGGCGAGCCAAGUGGAAGAAAUGCUGUAAGGAAGCUGUGUCGUGUUGUACGUGGAUGCUGUCCGCGCCAUGGCCUACAGGUUUCUGCCCUAACACCUGGGAUACGUGGCAGUGCUGGCCCGCCUCCUCCCCUGGCACUGUAGCUCGGCGCCCCUGCCCUUCCUAUGUUUACUUCGAUAAGAAGCCUGCGUGUACUAAAAAGGCCACCAAAAGCUGUGAGGUGGACGGGAAGUGGAUGCGUCGCUUGCUGCCCGGUGGAGAGGCGGGGCCAGAGUGGAGUAACUACACCACUUGUAGCGUACAUGAAAGCAUACACAGACGUCUGCAUGUGCACAUCGGGGCAUACACUUUGUCUGUCUUCGCGCUGCUGCCGGCCCUGUGUAUAUUUUUCUGUUACAAGCAGCUGCGCGUUCCCCGGAUCACCUUACAUAAACAUCUGUUCCUAAGCCUACUGCUCAAUGCCGCAGGAGUGAUAGCACAGAGGCUGCUGCAGCUACACUAUAGCCAGUGGAUAGAGAAGAGUCCCCUGUGGUGCGUGGCCCUCACUUUGAUCAACAGGUAUACGAGUCUCACUUGCUACAUGUGGUAUUUCUGCGAGGGUCUGUAUCUUCACACCCUGCUUGUGUCCGCCUUCACGGAGCAGCGCAGCCUCCUCAUGUUCUACCUCACUGGCUGGGGCCUCCCAGCGGUGGUGAUGGUGGUUUACGGGGGUCUGCGCUCCCUUCUACAGCUGGGGGACGAAAGGUGCUGGAUGUUACCUGCAGAAGGGGGGUUAGAUUGGCUAAUUAACCUGCCCCCCUGCUGCUGGCUAUUUUGGCCAAUUGUCUUCUUGUUCAACAUCAUACGCAUUCUGGUGAGCAAAGUAAGAGCAGGGAGAGGAAGCGAGCCCAGCCAGUAUAGGAAGGCGGUGCGCGCUACCCUGAUGGUGGUGCCUUUAUUUGGCCUGCAGUACGUGGUGACUUUGUACAGGCUGCAGGAACUGGGUUGUGACUGGCCCCAUGUUUACCAGCUGGCCAAUAACAUCAUAGAAGGCUCGACGGGGUGGCUAGUGGCUGUCAUCUUCUGCUAUACCAACGGGGAGGUAGGCGCCUUGUUGGGUCGGUCGUGGGGGCGUUACAGGGAGCGCCGCGCCUCCCUCCCCUCAGCCAGACAAGCGCCUCGCAGCCGUAGUUUUUCAACGGCGCAAACGUCCCUUCUGGAGCCUCCGCCCUACUCCCGCCAUCCAGGGGGCGCUUCGGGUUCUGCGGGACGAAUUGUCUUCACUAGAGGAGCAUCAAGAGGAGAGCGGGUGUCGAUAUCUCUGAAUGCCCCCCUACCAGGCAGGCCCCCCACCCCUCCACUACUCACUGAAGCUCCCUCCAGUGCUGAGAGGGAUGAGGGGGUGGUGCUUCCCCUUCUCCCUCCUGCUCUCUGAAAUGUGGAUGAAAGGACUUGGGAUGAUGCUUCGUAUAUGUGAAAUCUUCCGUGUGUGUGUGUGUGUGUGUGUGUGUGUGUGUGUGUGUGUGUGUGUGUGUGUGUGUGUGUGUGUGUGUGUGUGUGUGUGUGUGUGUGUGUGUGUGUGUGUGUGUGUGUGUAUGGAGUUGUGAGUAAUCGUGGUCAGAGGUCACGUAAUCUAUUGCACUCACUAUCACUGUGCUUCAUAGUGUCUCUCCAUCCCAAGUCUUCUGAUCUGCUGAGUCUUGCUUAAAAAUAAAUAAAUAAAAUAAAUAAAUAAAAAGUAAUAAAACCUGACAGUUGACACAUUCCUAACAGGUCAGAGAUAUGGGGACUGAAGAAAAUGCUCAACAUAAUGGAAGUGAAUGCUAUCUGUUACUUGACUGUUGACAGUGAAUGUACGUAUUGAUGUGGUUUUCUUGUUUACACACGUAUGUACGCAUAUUUUCAUGUGCACCUUUCUUGGAUGUGUGCGUAGGUAUUAGCAUUUGAAAGGAAAGAAAAUAAAUAAGUGAAAAUUA